AUGACUUCGACGGAAAGAACCCGUGAAAUGGAAGAACUUGAUGUAAGUUAUAUUUCUAGUGAAAAAUACCAAACAAGAUUAUUUUCUUUUAGUUGGUUACAUCGGAAAAACAACAACGAAUCGAUGAAAUCGAAGUCAAUUUGGAGAAGUUGAAAAUUCCAGAAGGAAUUCGCAAAAGUAUUAUGGAUGAGAUCAGUGCAUGUUUGAAGGUUCCAUCAGUUGGAUGGUUCGAUAUGCCUCAGGAGAUGCGAGAAAUGAUGAUUGAAGAAAUGGACAUUGAAACAAAGUGUAAAUUCACACAAUGUUCCAAAAAAUGUGAAGAUGAAGUGAAAGAAUCGAACAAUUUCGUAACAGCAAUCAGAAUCAAAAACUAUGAUCAUCCAAAAAUUUAUGUUGGUCUUGGCGGAAAUUCUGGUUAUCAAUAUUGUUUGAAAUUUAUUGAAGUUCGUGAUUCGUAUGCUGAUUCAAAAACAAUGGUUGUUUAUGAGAAGUAGGUGCUUCACCGAAAUAAACACGCAACGCAGACCGCGUCGCGCACAAAAAGGGAGGGAAUUUCAUGAAUCGUUCCCUUAUUUGUGUGUGUUGUGGCGCGACGCGGUCUGCGUUGCGUGUUGGAGCGCGUGGUCUGAUUUUCGAUAAUAAAAUUCGCGAUUUCCAGAGUUUCGCAGGACAGAACACCGAGAGAUAUGAGAAUGAGAAAUAAUAAUGAAAAAUGGAUGAAAAUGGAAGAAGGAAACGCAGAAGAAGUUCAAUUGAAAUAUAUAAAUGAAUAUAUCACAAAAUAUAAGAGAACAAUUGAAAAAUUCGAAGUUCAUGUAAGAUUUUCUUCUACUAAUAAUUCUAGAGAAAUAAUAAUUGUUGUUGUUGUAUUUUAGGAUUGGGAUUUUCAAUUUUCGAAUUUCGAUUGGCAGCAAUUAACACGUUUGAAUUGCUAUAAUUGUGUUUCCUAUAAUUGUAGAGAUUCUCCAGAAUGGAUGGAUUUCUCGCAAAUCAAGAAAAUGAAUACAUGUCAUUUGCCAGAAACACAAUUCACAUUUGAAGAAAUCCAACAAUUUGAAGGUCAAAGAUAUUACAUUGUAUCGACUGAUGUUAACGAGCAAAAUUAUGAGAAUUAUUUGAAAUUGUUGCGAAACGGAGAAGUUCAUCGAAAUUUGGAACGUCUUGAUGUUGUUUCUGGAUGUGAUAUGAAUUCGAUCAAUUUUGAAAGAAUUGCGAAAAGUCUUGAUGCAUUUGACUUUGAUCAAAAUGAUUUUGAGUGAGUUUGGGCUGAUUCACGAGCGAAAAAUUUUUUUUUUAACAUCGAAAGAUCACGAAAAAUCAAAAAAUGUCGAAAAAACAUUUAGUUUUUCGAGUUUUUCAGCCAAAAAUGAUGACAAAUCGAUAUUUUUCAAGCUUCUGGAGUAAUUUCUGAUGAAAAAUUGACCUUGCAAUUCAUUUUCCAGAAGGUUUUGCUGAUUUUUCGUUAUGAAUUUCGAAAAAAAUCAUAAAAUAAAGCAAAAUAGGGUUCUCGAAGCUUAUUUUCAUCAGAAAUUACCCCAGAAGCUUAAAAAACCUCGAUUUUCGAGUUUUUCAACCAAAAAUGAUGACAAAUCGAUAUUUUUCAAGCUUAUGGAGUAAUUUCUGAUGAAAAUAACCUUCGAGAACCCGAUUUUGCUUUAUUUUAUGCAUUUUUUCGAAAUUCAUUACGAAAAAUCAGCAAAACCUUCUGGAAAAUGAAUUCCGAGGUCAAUUUUCAUGAGAAAUCACUCCAGAAGCUUAAAAAACCUCGAUUUUCGAGUUUUUCAACCAAAAAUGAUGACAAAUCGAUAUUUUUCAAGCUUCUGGAGUAAUUUCUGAUGAAAAUUGACCUCGGAAUUCACUUUCCAGAAGGUUUUGCUGAUUUUUCGUAAAAAAUUCAUAAAAUAAAGCGAAAUAGGGUUCUCGAAGCUUAUUUUCAUCAGAAAUUACUCCAGAAGCUUGAAAAAUAUCGAUUUGUCAUCAUUUUUGGCUGAAAAUCAAUAUUUUUCAAGCUUAUGGAGUAGUUUCUGAUGAAAAUAAGCUUCGAGAACCCGAUUUUGCUUUAUUUUAUGAAUUUUUUCGAAAUUCAUCAGCAAAACCUUCUGGAAAAUGAAUUCCAAGGUCAAUUUUCAUCAGAAAUUAUUCCAGAAGCUUGAAAAAUAUCGAUUUUCGCGUUUUUCAGCCAAAAAUGAUGACAAAUCAAUAUUUUUCAAGCUUAUGGAGUAAUUUCUGAUGAAAAAUUGACCUUGGAAUUCAUUUUCCAGAAGGUUUUGCUGAUUUUUUGUAAUGAAUUUCGAAAAAAUUCAUAAAAUAAAGCGAAAUAGGGUUCUCGAAGCUUAUUUUCAUCAGAAAUUACUCCAGAAGCUUGAAAAAUAACGAUUUGUCAUCAUUUUUGGCUGAAAAUCAAAAUUUUUCAAGCUUAUGAAGUAAUUUCUGAUGAAAAUAACCUUCGAGAACCCGAUUUUGCUGUAUUUUAUGAAUUUUUUCGAAAUUCAUUACGAAAAAUCAGAAAAAUAUUGAUUUGUCAUCAUUUUUGGCUGAAAAACGCGAAAAUCGAUAUUUUUCAAGCUUCUGGAAUAAUUUCUGAUGAAAAUUGACCUUGGAAUUCAUUUUCCAGAAGGUUUUGCUGAUUUUUCGUAAAAUAUUCAUAAAAUAAAGCAAAAUAGGGUUCUCGAAGUUUAUUUUAAUCAGAAAUUGCUUGAAAAAUAUCGAUUUGUCAUCAUUUUUGGCUGAAAAACGUAAUUUCUGAUGAAAAUAAGCUUUGAGAACCCGAUUUUGCUUUAUUUUAUGAUUUUUUUCGAAAAUCAUUACGAAAAAUCAGCAAAACCUUCUGGAAAAUGAAUUUCAAGGUCAAUUUUCAUCAGAAAUUACUCCAGAAUUUAGAAAAUAUUGAUUUGUCAUCAUUUUUGGCUGAAAAACUCGAAAAACUAAUUUUGACCUACGACUUUUCGUGAAUCGAUCUUUCGAUGUUGUAAAAAACAUUUUUUUCAGUGUCCACUUUCGUUUUCUUUUGAAAUAUGAGAGAAAAUCGAAAUGUUAUUGUCAAGUUAUUGCUCAAGUCGAGCACAUUUUUUCGUUUGUCAUUGUAUCAGAUAAUUACGACGAAGUUAUGAAAAACCGCCAACCUUUGGACUUCUAA